GGACACAUCGACCAUCAAGUAUACAGUCGAAAUAUUGAUAUGCACUUCAGGAUGUCAGCUAUCGGACUUUUGCUGUUGGGCGUGGUUGCGGCGGUGGGCGGGGCCAACGUGUUCCCCGAGCCACGCCUGGAGACGUUGUCCUGCGGAACGACCACCAUGAACCCCGGCGAGCGAGUGGCCAUCCAGUCGCCCAACUUCCCCCAAAACUACGAUACGGACUACAGGUGCCAGUACGAGAUCACGUGCAACCCCAUGGAAUCUACCUACCUGGAGUUCAUCUGUCCUACCUUCGAACUGGAAUCGUCCACCGACUGCCUCAAUGACCGCCUGGUGGUGACUUACCAUGGUUCUCGCGAAGAGAAAUGCGGCACCGACAGUCCCGACGGAACCAUCACCUCCGACGGAUGGACGCGCCUCACCUUCGCCAGUAACGCCGCCACCACCGCCCCUGGCUUCCGCUGCUACAUUUGGUGUCGCGAACAAACCACUACGACCUCCACCACAACUUCAACGACAACCACAUCUACCACUACUACACCUACCACCACUACCACCCCUACUACCACUACUACAACUACAACACCUACCACCACCACUACACCUACAACUACCACCACCCCUACCACCACCACCACACCCACCACAAUGCUUUGCGAGAUUCUCCCAGUGGCUUUUACAAUCCCGAAAUUUGAAGACUACUUGCUCAAAAUAAUCACGAAUUAUAGCUUGGAGCACCCUUGCACAAAGGACAACAACGGCUCGCACCACGUCCUCCUGCAACGCCUUGGCGUCUGGUACUGCUCGAAAAUGUCUUUGGAAAAGUUCUGGACGCAGCACGUCAGAGACAUCGUGAGGUCUGCCUCGUACACGCUUCAUAUACUGCGUCUCCUCAAGUCCCCUGUUCAGUGUAUGGAAAUGAGGCUACAUAUAUUUAGUAUUAUUUUUGCGUCUAGCAGGGCGUUUUUGGUGAUAGUGUUAACAUGUUUAGCAUGUUGGUUUUCAGCAGGACACAUCGACCAUCAACACUUCAGGAUGUCAGCAACCGGACUUUUGUUGUUGGGUGUGGUUGCGGCGGUGGGCGGGGCCAACGUGUUCCCUGAGCCACGCCUGGAGACGUUGUCCUGCGGAACGACCACCAUGAACCCCGGCGAGCGAGUGGCCAUCCAGUCGCCCAACUUCCCCCAAAACUACGAUACGGACUACAGGUGCCAGUACGAGAUCACGUGCAACCCCAUGGAGUCUACCUACUUGGAGUUUAUCUGUCCUACCUUCGAACUGGAAUCGUCCACCGAUUGCCUCAAUGACCGCCUGGUGGUGACUUACCAUGGCUCUCGCGAAGAAAAAUGCGGCACCGACAGUCCCGACGGAACCAUCACCUCCGACGGAUGGACGCGCCUCACCUUCGCCAGCAACGCCGCCACCACGGCCCCUGGCUUCCGCUGCUACAUCUGGUGUCGUGAACAGACCACCACGACCUCCACCACCACUUCAACUACAACCACAUCUACUACUACUACACCUACCACCACUACCACCCCUACUACCACUACUACAACUACAACACCUACCACCACCAUUACCCCUACAACUACCACCACACCUACCACCACUACCACACCCACCACAACUACACCCACCACAACCACACCCAUCACAACCACUCCAGUCUGCUAGAUUAAGAAGCAUGUACUAACUGCUCACACGCCUCAGCAGGCUCUCAACAUCGCCUAGACAGAAAACAGGAAAAGCAUAAUACAAAUAUCCUUAAGUUGAAAUUGAAAACAUGCUGACAUUCCCAAACCAUAAUGAGGCGAACACGGUUACUACAAUGAUGGUUGGAAAGAUUGUUUAGUAGAGUGGUAAUGAUGGAGUUGAAGCCUCUACACAAUAAAUUCGUAUUCACCA